UAUAAAUAUGUUUAACUGAAAAAAUGACUCGUUCAAUAAACAUCAGUUUCUAACAAUUUUUAAUAAAAGCAGAUGUCUACAGUACAUGCUAUACAAAAGUGUUCCGGCAAUUCGAACUAUUGUGUGCUAUUGUGCAUAAACCUAAAUUUGUUACUCUUACAUUUUUCGAAUACUAAACAGAUUGUAAUGAAUCAGUUGUAAUUAUAUAUUAAAUUAACAAUGACGCAUGCGUUGAAAAUGAUAUCUUAUAAAUUACGCGCCAAAACUGAAAUACUUACGUUUGGAUUCGUUUGUGUCGUUUGAAUGGAUUUCAGUAAACAAAUUGUUAGUGAAUUCUCUUAAUUGAGAAAUACUUUCGUAUUAAUUAAGUACAGAAAUAUUCUUCCCCUACCAUUUGUGUAUGGAGGGCUUGAAAUGUCUCAACACGGUGCUGCAUUGCAAUCGUAUAAUCAAGAGCUCGUAAAAUGUUUAGAAGAAAUGAAAAUGAGACGCACCGAAUUACAAGCACAGAUUGAGAGUCAAGAAGAAGAGAAAAAUUAUUUGCAAAGGGAAAUCGAGAAAUUAUCUCAUAAAUUAACACGUGUAAAUGAUAGUUUAACUAAAAGAAUAGCUGUUAGGAAUGAAUAUGACAGGACUAUUACUGAUACAGAAACAGCAUAUGUAAAAGUAGACUUACUAUUUUCUUUUACUUUAAAUGAGAUU